AUGGACGUCCUUCGCGGCCCUUGGGCUCCUAAUCCCACGUCGGCACUUCAAGCGCCUCCACCCCGCCGGAUUUCAACAGUCGCAGGCCAACGACUCUCGGCUGUCGUAUCGGACAGAGCGACCUCGUCGCAUUCAAUGUCGUCGCAAUCGCCGAAUCUCACGAGCCGAUGGAGCGACAGCACUCAUCUCGCCAGGACGAUACCACGCACCAGCCAUGAUUCCAUGCCACCAGCCUAUGCGCUUCACGCCGAUGCCCUCGAAGGAGACAAACUUGUCGCCAUCGGUCCUGUUGUUCGCAAAAGAGGAGGAUGCAAGAGAAUUGGCUUCUUGGUGCUCGCUGCGCUGUUGGUCAUUGGCCUUGGGAUAGGUCUUGGUGUAGGCUUGACACGAGGAGGUGGAGGAGGAAAACAUGAUCAACCUGGAGGACCUCCGCCUGGGUCAGGGGGCAGCGUGCAAUUGGCAUACCCGGUGGGCGAGUACAGUCUUGUCACUGCUUUGCGCAUGGUCGAGACGAACUGCACAUCGAAUGCCAACACGUGGCGAUGCUUCCCUGGUCCCACUUUUGAUCAGUCGCCCGCUGCUUCUUUGGCUACCUUUAAUUGGAUCCUCUCCAACACAUCUACUGAGUAUGCCACCAACGUCAGCGACUUGUCCACCUCUGGCCAGGGUGUUGCUGCGAAUUUGUCCAUCUCCGCUUCAGACAACCCUUUCAGCAUCGUCUUUGACUCCACCCCUCUGACCUUCAUCAAUGACACCUCUCCACGAUACACCUUUGCAGCCAACAUUUCCCAGAAGAUCAUCCCAGCUGCCAACAUCACUGCCGACAACAGAGCCACUGUUUGCUUCUUCAAUCAGACUCAAGUCGUCGGAACCUUGCACCUUGAUGAUACGUUUGCUCAGCACUACACCUAUACUGGUAACAACGCAAGCUACGCCCUCUGGCCAUACGCUGUCCAUGUCGAGCUCGUGAGCCCGGGUGGCACUGAUACCCCAGCAUGCUACUACACGAACAACGGUGUUGUUGGACAGCAGAUCACAGAUGUCUUUACUGCCCGACCAGCUGAAGAUCUAUGUCAAUGCGAGUACAGGAACUAUUUCUGA